CAUUGAACAGCAAACAACUCACCACUCCUGACACCAUGAGCCACUACAGCGACUACUACAGAGGCCUGGGCUAUGGCUUUGGAGGCUCCAGUGAGCUGGGCCAUGGCUAUGGCUGUGGAUGUGGCAGCUUCCACAGACUGGGCUCUAGCUUUGGUUCUGGGUGUGGCAGCUUCCACAGACUGGGCUCUGGAGGCUUCGGUUACAGAUGCCACCGCCCAUCCUUCUAUGGAGGAUAUGGAUUCUCUAGCUUCUACUGAAAAAUUGCUGAAGUUGGAUGCAGAGAGAAAAACCUUCUGACUUCUUUUGUCCUAUCUUGUGCUUUAAUCCCCAAUCAUCCAUCUUAUUUUCUCUGCGAUCAAUUGAUUGAUGACUAUUAUGGUUAAACUGCUUCUAUGAAUAUUUGGUGACUUUUUACCUCCAGAACCUACCAUCUAAAUGCAGAUUCAAUGUGUAAAACCAUUCUAGUCUGAUAUCCUCUUUUUGGUUUAGUUUUUUUUGCCACCAUUACUAUGAUGUCGUCUUCCUAGCAAGAUCCUAGAGAAAACUUGUAUUUACUUCUGUCUAGUAAAUUGGUUACUCAUGAUAUAAAUACUUUGGUUCUUUUUGA